CAAGUAAUCUCACUUCAUUUAUCUCUCUCUAUUUCUUCUUCUUCUCCCUUCUGCUUCUUUCUUGUUUUUUUGCUUUCUAUGUUUGUUUGAGAUCAAAAUGGCAUCAAGUGCUUCAAAGUUCAUCAAAUGUGUGACUGUUGGUGAUGGUGCCGUUGGUAAAACCUGUAUGCUCAUCUGCUACACCAGCAAUAAAUUCCCUACUGACUACAUACCAACAGUUUUUGACAACUUUAGUGCAAAUGUUGUUGUUGAAGGCACCACUGUCAAUUUAGGGCUUUGGGACACUGCUGGGCAAGAAGACUAUAACAGAUUAAGGCCUUUAAGUUACAGAGGAGCAGAUGUUUUCGUCUUGUCUUUCUCAUUAGUCAGCCGAGCUAGCUACGAGAAUGUUUUUAAAAAGUGGAUCCCUGAACUCCAACACUUUGCUCCAGGAGUUCCCCUAGUCCUUGUCGGUACCAAAUUAGAUCUUCGUGAAGAUAAGCAUUAUUUGGCUGACCAUCCUGGACUAUCCCCUGUAACUACUGCACAGGGAGAGGAAUUGCGUAAGCUAAUUGGCGCGACGUAUUACAUUGAGUGUAGCUCAAAAACUCAACAGAAUGUGAAAGCAGUUUUUGAUUCCGCAAUAAAGGAAGUGAUCAAACCGCUGGUUAAACAAAAGGAGAAGACGAAGAAGAAGAAGAAGCAAAAGUCAAAUCACGGCUGUUUGUCAAAUGUUCUGUGUGGGAGGAUAGUGACUCGGCAUUGAUGAUGAUGAUGGCCCAACUCAGUCUGAUGAUUUUAAUCUCCACUUUUGAGAUUUUGUGUGAUAAAUGAGAGACUUAUAUUAUAUAGAUUGAAUCAUGUAAGAGAUUAUUAGCCUCUAAUCAAUCAAUAGUUACCUUGAAGAGAGAAAGAGAGUGAGAGAGGGAGGUAGAGAGCUUAUUAUUAAUUCAAUUAUGUUUAUUUGUUUCAAAACUGUUAUUGCAAUAUAUUUAGCCAUUUUGAUGCAA